UCUAACUCUUAACUAGGCUCCAACUCUAUCACCAACGGAGAUAUACGGAGAAGAACAAGCUUCAGGGACUUGUAAAAGUUUAGUUUUGGAGUCAUUUUUUAGCUCAAGUUUUGGCCUUUUGAAGCAACCAGAGGUGAAGCAAGGGAUGACGGACUUGCUCUAGUGGAAAGCUUCUGUGAUUUGAUUCAAUAUGACACCUGUAAUUCCAUACUCUAUAAGCAAUGUUUCGCUUAUUCCUGGAACAGUGUUUAGAACAAGGAAAACUUAUUGCUCAACAAGAUUCAGCUUGUCAAGGAAAUCCACAAUAAAUACACGAUCCCCACAAAGUUUUUUGUUACCUCGUUCAGCAUCUUUUGGAUUACUUACACCAUAUGGCAGGGGUUGUUCUUUACAUAAUCAAUCUAGAAUCUAUUUAUUAUCAGCUACGGGGACUGAUGUAGCUGUGGAGGAACCCGAUUCUCCAGUUACAGGUGAAGAUUCUGCUGGAGACUCAGAAGUUUCAUCUGAUGCAGCGGAAGUGAAAUCCGAUGUGACUCCAACUCCAGCUACACCAAAACGUUCAAGACCUGUUAAGAAAAGUGAGAUGCCACCAGUAAAGAAUGAGGAGCUGGUUCCUGGUGCGACGUUUACUGGCAAGGUGAGAUCGGUUCAGCCAUUUGGUGCAUUCAUCGACUUUGGAGCUUUCACAGAUGGCCUGGUACACGUGUCCAGGUUGAGUGAUAGCUUCGUCAAGGAUGUCGGAAGUGUUGUUUCUGUUGGGCAAGAAGUGAAGGUGCGAUUAGUUGAAGCAAACACGGAGACUGGGCGGAUUUCUCUCUCUAUGCGUGAAAGUGACGAUGUUGAUAAAGCACAACAACGGAAAGAUACUUCUGCAAGUAAUGAUAGGGCUGGACCUGGAAGAAGGAAUGCUCCAAAGUCUAGCCAGAGGAAAGCCGAGGCAAAGAAAGUAUCAAAGUUUGUCCAGGGACAGGAUCUAGAGGGCACAGUGAAGAAUAUGAACAGGGCUGGUGCUUUCAUAUCUCUUCCAGAAGGGGAGGAAGGAUUCCUGCCCAUUGCGGAGGAACUUUCUGAUGGAUUUGGGAAUGUGAUGGGGGAAACUUCACUUGAGGUCGGUCAAGAAGUCAGCGUUCGGGUGCUGCGUAUCAGCAGAGGACAAGUGACCUUGACAAUGAAGAAAGCAGAAGAUAUUCCAAAGUCGGAUGUACAGAUCACUCAAGGGAUCCUCCACACAGCUACAAACCCGUUUGUGCUGGCCUUCCGCAAGAACAAAGACAUUGCUGCGUUUUUGGAUGACAGAGAAAAUAUAGAGGAAGUGGCUGAAAAACCAGUGACACCAAAGGUUUCGGAAGAAGUGGAAAAGGAGGUUAGUGAAACGGUGGCAGAUUGCCUCACAGAGCAGGACCAACCAGUAAGCAGUGACGAAACGACAGUUGGUGUCACUUCUGCAGUGGAUGAAAAAGUGGAGACUGAUGAAGCUUCUUCAGAGAAAGCAGAAGCCAGUGCAUUAGAAGAUCCUAUAACUGAGGAGGCUUCUUCAGUAGAUGAGGCAGAGAGUGAGGAAAAGCCCGACUCGUCCGCUGAAUCAGCUGAACCAAUAUUAUCUCUGGAAACUUCAACAGCUGAAGAGGUCUCAAAAGAACAAGCGGAUGAUGCUACUACUGUUAAAGAUGACCUGCAAAUAGAAACACCUACCUCAGAGAGUGAUGUCUCGUCCUCUUCACCAACUGAGAAUAAGGUGGAACCUGAUUCUGAUGGAAAUGGCAAUAUAACCAGCUCAGAUGAUGGUUCUCAAGGAAUAGCUGAGGACCAAGCCUCAUCUCCAGAAAGUCCAGCCGUUGAAGACAUAAACAACGUAGCUGAUGAUAAAAAGGAUGAUGUGCAGAUAGAGACGCAUGUUGGCGAAACCAAAAUCCCUUCUGCCUCAAAAGUAGAGGAUACAAAUGCAGGAGUUAUUUCUGACAAGAAUGGCAGUGUUCCUGACUCAAAUGACCAAACUAGCGUCCCUUCCUCCAAUGAAAAUGUGACUAAAGCAACUAUAUCACCAGCUCUCGUGAAGCAGCUGCGUGAAGAAACAGGAGCUGGAAUGAUGGAUUGCAAAAAAGCUCUGUCUGAGACUGGAGGUGACAUUGUUAAAGCUCAGGAGUAUCUCAGAAAGAAAGGCUUGGCAAGUGCAGAAAAGAAAGCCAGCAGAGCUACUGCUGAAGGAAGAAUAGGUUCAUACAUACACGAUAGCAGGAUUGGCGUGUUGGUUGAAGUGAACUGUGAGACGGAUUUCGUCUCCAGGGGCGACAUUUUCAAGGAGUUGGUAGAAGAUCUAGCCAUGCAAGUGGCUGCAUGCCCUCAAGUACAGUAUCUUUCCACCGAAGAUGUCCCUGAAGAGAUUGUGAACAAGGAACGGGAGAUUGAGAUGCAGAAGGAAGAUCUAUUGUCAAAGCCGGAGCAGAUUAGGGCCAAGAUCGUUGAAGGCCGGAUCAAGAAGAGGCUUGAUGAGCUGGCAUUACUUGAGCAGCCCUACAUUAAGAAUGAUAAGGUUGUGAUUAAGGACUGGGUGAAGCAGACAAUUGCAACCAUUGGGGAAAACAUAAAAGUGAAGCGAUUUGUGCGGUACAAUCUCGGAGAGGGCUUGGAAAAGAAAAGUCAAGACUUCGCCGCUGAGGUAGCUGCCCAGACGGCAGCGAAACCGGUGCCAAAAGAGCAGCCUGCUGUGGUGGAGGAGGCUAAGGAAACUGUUGAAAAGUCUCCAACUGUAACCGUGUCAGCCGCUUUGGUCAAACAAUUACGUGAAGAAACUGGAGCAGGGAUGAUGGACUGCAAGAAAGCUCUUUCAGAGACCGGAGGGGAUAUUGAAAAGGCACAGGAAUACCUCAGAAAGAAAGGUCUCUCAUCCGCCGAAAAGAAAUCCAGCCGACUUGCAGCCGAAGGCAGGAUCGGUUCUUACAUUCACGAUGCCCGCAUUGGAGUUCUGCUCGAAGUGAACUGCGAGACAGACUUUGUCGGUAGAAGUGAAAACUUCAAGGAGUUGGUUGAUGAUCUGGCAAUGCAAGUUGUGGCCGGCCCGCAGGUGCAGUACGUAUCAGUUGAAGACGUUCCAGAGGACAUAGUGAAGAAGGAAAAAGAACUCGAGUUGCAAAGAGAGGACCUCAAAUCGAAACCCGAGAACAUCAGAGAGAGAAUUGUUGAGGGUAGGGUCUCCAAGAGGCUUGGAGAGCUUGCCCUUCUAGAGCAACCCUACAUCAAAAACGACAGCAUCUUGGUGAAGGACCUGGUGAAGCAAACUGUUGCUGCUCUUGGCGAGAAUAUCAAAGUUAGAAGGUUUGUUCGUUUCACUCUGGGGGAGACGGUUGAAAAUGCCGAGGGAGUAUCCGAAGCAUAAAGCUAGAAAGGCUUGUCGAAAACAUGACGAAAUAUGGUCGGUCUGAGUAGUUUUACUAAAAGGAAGGUACAGAAUGAGUGGAUCAAACUAAUUUUUAGAUCAAAGUAAUCUUUUGAUUCUUUUUUGUUGUGAUUUAAGGUAAAAAUGAGGCGUCUAUCUGUAGCCAGACUUUUUGUACUUGUUAUAUCACCAAAAACCAUUUUGAGAUCUGCAUCUGAGAGAGGAAGUUGGGCAUCUUUUGGUUUAUUCUUUGUUGUAUUAAUGACAGAAAUACAGAUUCUGUAAAUGCAUUUUUGGAACCAUCAUAUUUCAUAUAUCAAAGUAUGGCCUAU